CGUGGUCACGCUAAUUUAACUGAAGGGUGGGGUUUCGAUCGGAGAAAAAGUGGGGCCUCGGGAGUCAUCGCGAAGGGGUGGGGCUAAGGUAAUUGGAGGCGAGACUUGGGCGGGAUUGGGCGGUCGUCGCAAGUUUCACUUGAUCUUAGCCAAAAGGCCGAGAAGCGAUGGUCGUCGCAAGUUUCAAAGGAAACCGCGGAACUUGGUCUUCCACUCUCGCCUUGGUGCCUGUCUUUGCCCAGCUGAGCAACCUCCAGAGCCUCCUUCCAGCUGUUGGUUCAGCCUUCCUCAUUGCCACCCCUGCCCAGAUCCUCUGCUGCAGCCAUGUCACUCCUGGCGACCCUUGGGCUGGAGCUGGACAGGGCCCUGCUCCCAGCUAGCGGGCUGGGCUGGCUCGUAGACUAUGGGAAACUCCCCCUGGCCCCUGCCCCCCUGGGCCCCUAUGAAAUCCUCGGGGGAGCCCUGGAGGGCGGGCUCCCAGGGGGAGGAGAACCCCUGGCAGGUGACGGCUUCUCUGACUGGAUGACUGAGCGGGUGGACUUUACAGCCCUCCUGCCCCUGGAACCCCCUUUGCCCCCAGGUGCCCUCCCCCCACCUUCCCCACCCCCACCUGACCUGGAAGCCAUGGCCUCUCUCCUCAAGAAGGAGCUGGAACAGAUGGAAGACUUCUUCCUUGAUGCCCCACUCCUCCCACCAUCCUCCCCACCACCACAGCCACCACCCUCAGCACUGUCCCUCCCUCUCCCACUCCCUGUCCCCACCUUUGACCUCCCCCAGCCCCCUUCCCUAGACACCCUUGACUUGCUGGCCAUCUACUGCCGCAGCGAGACUGGGCAGGGAGACUCAGGGUUGGUGCCCCUGCCCCCACCACAGCAGCCCCCUCCCCCGCCCCCUCUGCCCUCUCGCCCGGCCCCUUACCCCAAUCCUGCCACCACUCGAGGGGACCGCAAGCAAAAGAAGAGAGACCAGAACAAGUCAGCGGCUCUGAGGUACCGCCAGAGGAAGCGGGCAGAGGGCGAGGCCCUGGAGGGCGAGUGCCAGGGGCUGGAGGCACGAAACCGGGAGCUGAGGGAGAGGGCUGAGUCAGUAGAGCGCGAGAUCCAAUACGUCAAGGAUUUGCUCAUUGAGGUGUAUAAGGCUCGAAGCCAGAGGACCCGGAGCAGCUAGAGGAGCAGGGGCUUUGGGCGAGAAGGGGCACUGGUCUUCAGCUCCAGCUCGCUUCUGUUUCUGGGGCUGAGGUAGGAGGGUCCCUCCCAUCAUCCCCUGGUCUGUCUCCCCCCACCUUCUUUCCCUUUGUCUCCUCUCCUGUCCAUUUCUGAACCCGAUCCCCUUCUCCCUCCCCAGAAUCAUGGAGUGUUCGGCCUCAGUCAACAUCUCCACUCCUUAAGUAACAGCUGAGGGCCUGGGGCCUGCAGGGAGUCUGGGAAGCAGGAGAGAGCUUGCAAACCUGGCCUUUCAGAUGGAAGCGAGGCCAGGAAGCAGGGCAGAAUGAAUGUGCAGCUGAGGACAGGAAAGCCAGCUGGGGACUAGGGCAGGGAGGGUUUCAGGAAUGGCCCCCUGCUUACAAUAUAAGCAAAAAGCAAGCCAAGUGACCUUGGGGAAGUGUAUUUGGACUGGAAGCCAAGAGGCGGCCAAGUUCACAGAGCAGGUGAAUAUGCAGGUAGACUGGGAGGUGGGCAGGGGGGUGGGAUCGCAGUGAUUGGUGACUGGGUGUUCAUUUUAGCUCUGGGAGGAAAUCAGUGUUUGUGAAGGUGUUGGGGAGGGGCUAAAUCUAGGGGAGGGAGGGCAGGAACUGAUCCUUUUGAUGAUUUGUGAGUGGAAAUAAAAUGAAGAAUUUC